UAUAUAUACAGCAAAGGAAACUGAAACCCAAAGCAUCACAAAUUAAAUUUUAAAAUUCUUUUUUUAAUUACAAUUAUUUGGACCGUUUGGUUAUGGAUAUUGUGAAAUUAUAUUUGGUUGUGGUUCUCUUCGUUGGUGGGUUUCGUGCGGGAAUGUGUUCUAGCGGUUGGAUUAGGGCUCAUGCAACGUACUACGGUGCUAAUGAUAACCCGGCUUCCCUUGGAGGAGCGUGUGGGUAUGACAACACCUACCACGCCGGAUUCGGUGCCCACACGGCGGCGCUGAGCGGAGCUCUCUUCAAAGGCGGCGAGGCAUGCGGCGGCUGCUACAGAGUCACCUGCCACUUCAUGGCCGACCCUAAGUGGUGCCGCCGUGGAGCCGCCGUGACGGUUACGGCCACCAAUUUCUGCCCAUCCAACAACAACGGCGGAUGGUGCAACCUCCCUCGCCACCACUUCGACAUGUCCAUGCCUUCCUUCUUCCUCAUCGCCCGCCCCGGGAACGAAGGCAUCGUCCCCGUCCUCUACCGCAGGGUUGCAUGCAAGAGGAGAGGAGGAGUGAGGUUCACGAUGAGAGGGCAAGGGAACUUCAACAUGGUAAUGAUUUCAAACGUCGGAGGCGGAGGAGCCGUGAGGGCGGUGGCGGUGAGGGGUUCGAGGGCUAGGGCUUGGAUUCCGAUGGCCCGAAACUGGGGAGCCAACUGGCAGAGCCCCACCGAUCUCCGAGGACAGAGCCUCUCCUUCAGAGUCACCCUCGUGGAUUCCAAAACGAUGUCGUUUCUUAACGUUGUCCCCAGAUCUUGGUGGUACGGACAAACCUUCUCUUCUCGGAACCAGUUCCUCUAAUGUUUCGUUGCUUUCAUUAUGAACUCGCCCUUUGUUUUUUUCUUUGGGUGAUGUUCAUUGACGGUUGUUAUUUAAUUUGAUGCGGUUAUUAUGUGUAAGCAUGGCUCCGAAAACUAGGAGUUAUGCUGAAUAUUGAUUAUUAUUUAAUAAAUCAUAAUCACGACUA